AUGAUCGCUACAGCGGUCGUCAUUCUGGAUCUUCUACUCACCACAACGUGGAUCCUUCGACUGGUCAACGAGCGAGUCUUCCAAAUACCGCAGGUAGUGCUGAAUUCGCUGGUUGCACUUGUGCUCUCGUUUGUGUUGAAGCAGCUGGCGCUGGUGGUGCCGCCCCUGCAGCAGGAAGUGGAUCGUUUUACUGAAGUGAUCUACGAAUUCCCAGAACUUUUACUGGAUUAUUUCCUGGGAUUUCUGUUGUUUGCGACUGCACUGCACGUUGAUGUGCGAGAGUUCCGGCGCAUUCGGGUAACGGUGUUCGCGCUCUCGGUACUCUCGACGCUCCUGUCUGCGCUCUUGGUAGGCGUCCUGACCUACGGUGGGCUGGCCAGCCUCUAUGCGCUCAGUUUCCGUGAGGCACUGCUGUUUGGGGCGAUUAUUUCGCCCACGGAUCCAGUUGCGGUAAUGAGUAUCCUGAAAAAGUAUCGCCGCCAAGUUCCAGAUGCUACCCGCUUUGCCAUCCUGGGCGAGUCGCUCUUCAACGACGCUGUGAGCGUCAUUCUCUACGUCGUUCUAAUUCGGUCGGGGAAAUCAACAGAACCCUGCACUUACUGCAGUGCAGUUUUUCGAGUCCUGCGGGUGUUUCUAGUAGAGGCCCUCGGCGGUGUCGCUAUUGGUUUCGCAUUCGGUCUGCUUGCCUGUCAUGUUAUCGGAAUGGUGGAGGAUGCGUUACUGGAGGUGACGACCUCAGUUGUGCUGGUAUUGAAUUUGGAAGUUUUUUGCUCCUAUGUACACGCAUCCGUACCGUUGGCAGCUGUGUUUGCUGGCAUUGUCAUGAGUAGCCGCGGACGCGGUACAGCCUUUACUCGACGAGGUGAGAAGCGAUUGCUCCACAUCUGGAAAUUCAUCGAUGAAACACUUAACGGAAUGCUCUUUCUUCUCAUAGGUCUCUCGGCGGUUGUUUGGAGCCCGACCUCAUCCUGGAAAAGCACGCUGCUUGUAGCUUGCAUCACGAUUCUUAUCACGAUGAUCGCUCGAGCGGCCUCGGUGGUGCUCAGUCUGGCGGCGGUGAUGUUGAGCAGCCGCUGCUGGCGCUACUGGUCACGAGGUCGCCGUUGGCGGUUGUUCGGGGAUGCUGUUCACGAACCUCGGCACCGUCGUGCGGUAUAUAGAAUCGAUUCUGUAGCGAUAAUCAUUUGGUCAGGUUUGCGCGGUGGAGUAUCUAUCGCCCUGGCACUCGCUGCUCCCGGUGCGUUGGAAGCUUCUGGACAGGCGGUGACCAGGAGCUUCAAUCAUUUGCUCUUCAUGCUGACCUAUAUCGGUGUCGUCUGGUCGAUUCUCGUCCAGGGAUUGUUUUUUGGACGGAUUUUGCGAUUCGCCUAUGGAGCGUCAGAUUCCGAUAGGGAGCGCAGCAUCGACGGGUACGGUGCCCUCGAGGAGACGCAAGAGACGGCUUCGCUGUCGCGGCCAGAAACGCAAUCAGCCCAGUGUAAUGCCGAUCUUAGCGAAUUUCCUUUAGCUGCAACGUUGGAUAGCGCAACAUACCUGUCCGGUUUGAUCAAAAGUGCGGAGGAUGCACCCGACACGGUACCUGGUCAUGAUACGGGUCCCGAGGACGAGACCACCACCGAGACCAAUCCGAUUAUGACCCGCUGGAUGCACCAACAACAACAACAGACAGAAGAUGCAGUGGUUGCCAUAGACGAUCGAGCGUUACUGCUCGGAGCACGAGAACUCUAG